GCGCAUGGGCGAGAGGCCAUGGAGGGGAUACUCCGCUCGCCCUACGCGCUCCCCCGGACCCCCGUGCGCUACGCGGGGAUCCCGCCGAGACCCCCGCAGCUGCUCCCGCCGUCCCCGCACUGGGACGCGCGCUGUGUGGCUGUGGACCUGCAGCGCACCGGCGACUACAUCGAGAACUUCACACGCGCGCACUUCCGCGCGCUCAUCGCACAGGUGAACCCGGCGUUGAAACCGCGCAUCGUCAAGGCCGGGACUCGCGACGCCGCAGUGCAGGCGACGCCUCGCCGCGAGGUGUCCGUGCAGUGCUCUCUGGGUGCCCGCACCAUCGCAGCGCCCGCCGCUGCCGCAACUGGCACCACGCAGCGCUCGCGCAACGUCGCCGACGCGAGCAACAACUGCAGCGGCACGAGUGCCGGGUCCGCUCUCCUCCCCCAGUCGUCGACGUCGUCGAAGCUCAACCGCGUGUCUGGCCGCCUGCCUCGAUCGCGGGGGCUGUCCCUGUACUCGCCGGUAUCGUUCGGGUGGCCCCGCAUUCCGGAAAGGAUCGUGGAGACUGAUAGGAGCCACAGCGUACAGAGUGGUAUUGGGUCCCGUGCCCCGAACCGAACCUUUAAGCACGUGCCGGAGAAGAUCGUCGAGGUGGUUGAGACCCCUGUGUCGGAAGACGUGCCGGAGGCUCCCGCUGCAGAGAAACCUGCCUGUGAAUCCUCUGCUCCGGGUGAGGUUCCUGAAGCACAAGAGGCCACCGAAAAUGCCCCGUGCAGCCUUCACACGCUGGGUUGGACGGGCAGCAUGUCCGAGUCCAGGGAUGCCGAGGCUGCAUCUGCACCUGCGUCCAAUUGGCCUUUUGGAGAGGGUGGCCUUGGGGGACUGUGGGACCCCAGCACGGCCAAGGAGCAGCGCAGGGCUGGGGCUCGUGGGGUUCGAGGGGCCCAUGGUGUGGAGAAGAGAGGCGCUCCUCCCGAAGGGAAGAUUGAAGCCACGGCAGAGGGAUGUUUAGAAAAAGAAAUCGACGUGGCUGCGGACGAGCGUGGCUCUUGUCCAGGACAGGGAGUCGAAGUCCUGGGUGGUGCCGCCAGGUCUAGGGGGUGUCCCGCUCAGGACGUGUUUGUGGUGCGCAUGAUGAACACGUGUGGCGAGCCCUGCAGUGAGGUUUAUGCGGGGGCACUCCCUGCCGAAGCUAAGCAGGAGCGCGAGCCACCCCCUCUUGUGGAUCUAUGCCCGGGUGACUACAUGAACCCUCCCUGCAUGACGCUGUUCACAAAUGAUGAUGAUGAUGACGACGAUUCCGUGAUGGCGUUGCUGGAUGAAGGUGCAAGCCUGGAGACUGAGGUGUCCACCUGCGUGGGUGUGGAACCUCCGCUCGACAUGGAUCCUCAAGGGAAUGCAAUGGAGCAGUCCCUGGCAUCUGGAUGUGCGGAUGAUGGGAGCAACGACAGCCCUGUGGAGGAUGCCAUAACGGAGUUUGGGCAAUUCCCAGAUGCCUCUUUGUGAGGUCGCAAGGUGAUAUCGAGGACUGCAGACCCACAGUGGUCCCAACACCGAGUGCUUGUCAACAUCACUUCGUCACACCUCCCCCUAAUUCUUGACUACAGAUCUUGCGAGUCAGUUUUUUUUUGGUCUCUGCCUGAUUCUCAUUAAUUGCUGGCUUGUAGCUUUAUCCAUGCCGGUGACCCUAAUGGACAGCAUUUGCGAUUGAGCCGGUUUUAUGUAACACGUGUGUAAUUAUGAUUUAUGUUACUUAAAGACUAAACUUAAAGUUGACCAUUGUGUGCCCAAUGUCUUAAAAUCUUUUAAUGACGAAAAAUGCCCAUAACCUGCAUUUAACUUACAACUUGCGGCUAAUGGUUACAGACAACCUUGCAAAAGAUGAUCCCAGUUUGGACAUCUGCCUGGUUAAAAGCUGAACGCUGCAAAGUGGACACCUACUGACUGAACAGCCCUUUGGUCAAGCGGGCCGGUCCUCUCAAUAAACAGUGACUGGCAUCUGGCAGCUGCAAGUAGAUCUCCUCGAACUAAAACCACUUCAGUCCAACACUGCCAUCACUCAUAUUUGAAGCAAUUUCCGUUCCCCCCCCCCCUUAUUUGGUACAUGCACAUGGCACGUUGUGUAUGCAUGGUGUCCCGUUUGCGGUCCCGAACCUUGAUGCCGUCAGCUGUGCCCACGUUUUCGUGUUGGCAUAACCUUUCGUGGCUC